ACUUUUUGAGUGUAUUUUAAAGCAAAAACGGGUGGAAAGAUAUGUAUGCUCAGUUAACUAUGUCUAGAUGUAAGCGUUUUUUAAAAAAGCACAGAUGGAGGCCUCCCUCCAAGGAUGCCUGGGAUUCGCCUCUUUCUGUGGGCGGCAGCGACCUCCCUGCGGCUCUAGCCUCCACUAAGGGAUCUGCGGGGCAGACACAGGGAAGACCAACUCCGCACACUGCAUUUGAUUCAUGAUUUAUUGUGAUUAACGCCGUCACAGUGACGCCUUAGCGUAGACCCUGUUCACCCGGGUCCCAGCCUCGACCCCGCGCGGACCGCGAGGGUUCCCUGGUCAACGUCCCAUCCCGAUCGGCAGCUCUCUCCAGGCGGCACGAUGCCGAGGAAACAGUGACCCUGAGCGAAGCCAAGCCGGGCUGCAGGUGUGGCUUUGACACCUGGUGGUGCCACUUCCUGGUCUUGGAUGAGCUGUACACCUCUGUAAACCCAGCUUCCUCACCUAUAAAACAGCUGCCUGGUUCAGCGUUAAUGAAGAUUAGUCAGUGACAGGCCUGGUGUGCUGAGUCCACACAUAGAACUUCUGCAAUGUCCCAUCAACCUCUCAGCUGCCUCACUGAAAAGGGGGACAGCCCCAGUGAAAGCACAGGAAAUGGACCCCCCCAUCUGGCCCACCCAAACCUGGACACGUUCACCCCGGAGGAGCUGCUGCAGCAGAUGAAAGAGCUCCUGACCGAGAACCACCAGCUGAAAGAAGCCAUGAAGCUAAAUAAUCAAGCCAUGAAAGGGCGAUUUGAGGAGCUUUCGGCCUGGACAGAGAAACAGAAGGAAGAACGCCAGUUUUUUGAGACACAGAGCAAAGAAGCCAAAGAGCGUCUACUGGCCUUGAGUCACGAGAACGAGAAAUUGAAGGAAGAGCUUGGAAAACUGAAAGGGAAAUCAGAAAGGUCAUCUGAGGACCCCACUGAUGACUCCAGGCUUCCCAGGGCAGAAGCAGAGCAGGAAAAGGACCAGCUCAGGACCCAGGUGGCGAGGCUACAAGCAGAAAAGGCAGACCUGUUGGGUAUUGUGUCUGAACUGCAGCUCAAACUGAACUCCAGCGGCUCCUCGGAAGACUCCUUUGUUGAAAUUAGGAUGGCUGAAGGAGAAGCAGAAGCGUCAGUAAAAGAAAUCAAGCAUAGUCCUGGGCCCACGAGAACAGUCUCCAUUGGCACGAGCAGAUCUGCAGAGGGGGCCAAGAAUUACUUGGAACAUGAGGAGUUAACUGUGAGCCAGCUCCUGCUGUGCCUAAGGGAAGGGAAUCAGAAGGUGGAGAGACUUGAAAUUGCACUCAAGGAGGCCAAAGAAAGAGUUUCCGAUUUUGAAAAGAAAGCAAGUAAUCGCUCUGAGAUUGAAACCCAGACAGAGGGGAGCACAGAGAAAGAGAACGAGGAAGAGAAAGGCCCGGAGACUGUUGGAAGCGAAGUGGAAGCAUUGAACCUUCAGGUGACGUCUCUGUUUAAGGAGCUUCAAGAGGCUCAUACAAAACUCAGUGAAGCCGAGCUAAUGAAGAAGAGACUUCAAGAAAAGUGUCAGGCCCUUGAAAGGAAAAAUUCUGCAACUCCAUCAGAGUUGAAUGAAAAGCAAGAGCUUGUUUAUACUAACAAAAAGUUAGAGCUACAAGUGGAAAGCAUGCUCUCAGAAAUCAAAAUGGAACAGGCUAAAACGGAGGAUGAAAAGUCCAAAUUAGCCAUGCUACAGUUGACACACAACAAGCUUCUUCAAGAACAUAAUCAUGCAUUGAAAACGAUUGAGGAGCUAACAAGAAAAGAGUCAGAAAAAGUGGACAGGGCAGUGCUAAAGGAACUGAGUGAAAAACUGGAACUGGCAGAGAAGGCUCUGGCUUCCAAACAGCUGCAAAUGGAUGAGAUGAAGCAAACUAUCGCCGAGCAGGAGGAGGACCUGGAAACCAUGACUGUCCUCAGGGCUCAGAUGGAAGUUUACUGUUCUGAUUUUCAUGCUGAAAGAGCAGCAAGAGAGAAAAUUCAUGAGGAAAAGGAGCAACUGGCAUUGCAGCUGGCAGUUUUGCUGAAAGAGAAUGAUGCUUUCGAAGAUGGAGGCAGGCAGUCCUUGAUGGAGAUGCAGAGUCGUCAUGGGGCGAGAACAAGUGACCCCGACCAGCAGGCUUACCUUGUUCAAAGAGGAGCUGAGGACAGGGACUGGCAGCAACAGCGGAAUAUUCCAAUUCAUUCCUGCCCCAAGUGUGGAGAGGUUCUGCCUGACAUAGACACGCUACAGAUUCAUGUGAUGGACUGCAUCAUUUAGGUGUUGAUGUGUCACCUCCCCAGAACUGUUGGUAAACGUCAGAUUUUUUCCUCGAA